AUGAGAUUGUUUCUUGUUGCCGCUCUUCUUCUCGGCAGCUCCGUGGCAGUCGAGCCUGAGGACGUUUAUAGCGGCGGCUUUGACUUUGGCAAGAACGACUCUAUUAAGCUGCGCAUCGCUAAUGGGGGUGCCGGUCAAAGUGGGCUGAUCAAAGAGCUCGCCAAUGCAUACAUCAAAGAUCGGGUCACGGAUGGCGAGGAUCCCUUCCAAGUAGCCUGGAUCAAGAGCGACACAUAUUACAGCAUCCAGUACCUCAAGACAGGAGACGCAGAUGUAGGCAUCACGUACAAUGAGGCAGCUGAGAACAUCUCGAUCAAGCAGGGCAUUGCAAAGUCACCCAGCUACUACGCCUUCCGUGACCACUUCCUACUCGUCGGUCCAGAGCGCAACCCUGCUAAUCUCACUGAGUCGGACGACAUCCUGACCAUGUUUGCCACCCUCCACGAGGCGGCCGAGGGGAAUGCUACCAACCCGCCUGUUCGCUUCCUCAGUCGCUACGACAAGUCUGCGACCAACAUCAAAGAGACUCUUCUUUGGGCUGGUAUUGGACAACAGGUUCCGUGGGCCACUGCGUACUCGACCUGGUAUCACCAAUACAUCGCCUUUCCCAUCCAGGCACUCACCGCCGCUAUUCUACUCAACGAGUACACCAUCACAGACCGAGGGACAAUUCUGUCUCUUGACGCCGGUCUGAGAAACCAGACUAAAAUCUACAAAGCUGGUUCCGAUGACGCCGAUGAUCUCCUUCUGAACCCUGCUCGGGCCUUGGUUGGUACCAAGGCACCCAACGCUGACCAGGCCGCCGCGUUUGUGAAGUGGCUCGUCAGCGACAAGGGGCAGGAUGUUAUUGCUGGCUUCGAGAAGGAUGGAAAGCAGCUGUAUUCGAGAGCUCCUAAAAAGGUAACGAACUAG